AUGUGUUGUAAGGAGCUUGUGCACGUGCAGGAGCGCGACGCGUACGGCAAUGAGGUGGGCGUGGCGGCGCGGCGCGUGCCCGUGGCCUACCUGCUGGUGGACGUGCCGGUGGGCGUGGCGCGCCGGGCGGACAACGACCUCGCGCCUGCCCCCGUCGCCCCCGCCGCCCCGCCGCCACACUCCAUGCGCGCGCUGCACCACCACAUACAGUCUGCGACCUCCUUCCUAGAGGCGAUGUCGGACCUGCACGUGCUGCUGUACUUGUGCAGCAAUGAAGCGCUUCCGCUGUCGCUGGACACCGUACAACCACUGCUGCAGGCCGUGCGCGAGCGUGAUGCAGCGGCUGCGGACAGCUGGCGCUUACAAACGCAGCCCGCCACGCUGCUGCAGCUGGCGCGCGCUGCUGCCGAGGCGGACGCGCCACACGGUGCUGAUGCGGGCGGAAGUGUGGAUGGUGCGGGUGGUGCGGGGGGUGCGGGCGCGGUGUGGACGUGCGCGCUGUGCACGUACCACAACGCGGCUGCGCUGCGCGCCUGCGAGAUGUGCGCCAUGCCCAGGAGCGACGCGAUGUAG